AUGUCUGUUGCCCCUAUUUUCUUAAAAUUCAUUACUGAAGAGCCUGCAAGCAUAAUUGACAAUACAGAUACUACUACUGACAAUAAAUCUACUGAUGGGAAAACAAGUCCAUUUACUUCUUUGAAAACGAAAACAUCUCGCAACACUUUAAGUUAUAUCGAAUCUCAUCAAAACUCGAUGUGUAUCGACGAUGACUUUGAUCCUGUCGCCGCUUAA